AUCACCAAGUAUUUUUUUUCAAAUUAUUUCAUUAGUAAAAUAUUAUUAAACGUAACUUAUUUUCCAUGUCUAAUAAAUUUCUGCCAUUCUGAUCACCGUAAUGAACCGUGUUUCAAAUUAAUGAUUUUAAUUGGAAUUGUUGAUUUAAUAUCUAUAAAUAAUGAUUUAACGAUUACUGGAUUUUUUUCUAUUUUUGGAUACUCCUAUUGCAUGGCGCCUAUAUUUUCCAUCUUUUUUAAUUUUAUUUCACUAAAUUCAUGGUUUGUAUAUGGUUCACUGUGUAUUCUUUUAAAUUUUAUGAGAUGCUACCAAUUAUCAUCAAAUAAACUACCGGUAAAUUUAGUUUUUGUGUAUUUAUGA